GAAAAAAAGAAAAAAAGUAGUGAGGAGUCCCAGAUACACGAGUCUGAUGAUGUCUUCCUCCCUCCUGUGGCAGAAGUGUCUUCUCGAGCCAGUAAAGUGCAAGUGGAACAUCCUGGAGAAUUUACAGAAAUUCAGCUCAGUGAUGAAGUAGAGGAUGGAAAAACUAUAAAUGAUGUGUGUGACAUCCCCCAGAGUAAUUUAUCUUCAGCAAAUGAAGGGUCUUUGACAGUGAAUCUAGAACCACCCACAGAUGCAGAAGAGUUCAAAGCCAAUCCUUCCCAUGAGGAAUGUGGAGGGGAUAUUGAGAAGAGUGGAGCAAGCAAGUCAGACAAACCUCACAGCCCUGUGGAAGUGGUUGCGAGCGGAUCAAGAAACUCUGAUUUAUUGAGUAGUACCUUUCAUUCCAGUGCUGCUGACUCUCAGACAGCAGUGAGCUUUGUACAGGACAAAGGAACUGAAAACAUACAAGAAGUUAAAAAUCCUCUUGUUUGUUCUUCAGAGAAGCUUCCACUUAGUAUCUCACAGCUCUCUCAGAAAUCCAAAACACUUGUUCAGCAAUCGGGAUUGAAAUCACUUUAUCCAGACUUGUCAGCUGAAUUGUCCUAUGAGAGACGAACCGUAAUAGCAGUUAAACCACUGUUGCAUGAUGAAAGACUGUAUCCAGAGCUCCCAACUGAACCAGAACUGGUGGCAUUUACCAGAGAACAGCUGAAAAUUUUUGAACCGUGUUCAUGGUUGGAGAAUGUUGACUCCUAUGCGGAAGAAUUUGAAAGUGUUGCUCACCAGGACAGGCACGAAUUUUAUGAACUGCUCCUGAACUACAUGCGCUGCAGGAAGCAGCUGUUGCUGGCUGAGACAGAGCUGCAGGCUAUGACAACAGACUGCCAAAAUGUUAAGGGGAGAUUAUGGACUUUUAAAGAAGAACAGAAAACGGUGCAGGGUGUCUGUGCAGAUCAGUGCAAAGUGACAGGUUACCAUCGGUACCAGACAGUGGAGCUGAAUGAAAGUGUGCUGGGGGAACUGAAAAAGCUGUUUGAAACCAAAGCAGAGCACGUGCAUCAGACACUGGCGCUGCACUCGUACACUUCGGUGUUGUCCCGACUGCAAGUGGAGUCAUAUGUCUACAGGUUGCUCAGCAGCUCGUCCCUGGUGAGAUCAGUGGCUCUUCAGCAGCAAGAACAAGUUUCAAAACAGUCAGAAAACCUUUCUUCAGACUUGGGCCAUUUGAAGGAAUGUAUCAGCGUCCUUUUCAGUUUCACUCGCAGAGUUAUUGAAGAUCCUCAGUUUCAGAGUGACCUUCUCAUGUGGCUGCAGAGACUGGUGUCUGUGUUGCAAAGAAUUGGCUGUCCAGGUGACCAUCUCUUCCUCUUCAACCACAUCCUUCGGUGUCCAGCUGGGAUCAGCAAAUGGGCUUGUCCAUUCAUUCAGAUCAAAGUCUUGGAUAACCCAUCAGGUGUUUUUCAUUUCAUGCAAUCUCUUGCCUUGCUUAUGUCUCCUGUCAAAAAUCGGAUGGACUUCAUGUGCUGUAUGAAACCAGCUGAAAGGAAAAGUUCCUCUUCUUCUGGGAAAGAAUCUGGAAACUGGACCCUGGUAGAUGAAGGAGGAGAAGAGGAUGAGGAUCCUGAGACAAGCUGGAUUCUGCUUUUGGAAGAUGACUUGAUUGCCCUGUUGUCACAGUUCCCAUUUCAUGAACUCUUUCAGCAGUUCCUUGGGUUUAAGUCUGGAGGUGCUUAUUUUCCUGAAAAAACAACUCCCCAGGAGAUGAUGAAGAUUUUUGCUUUUGCAAACUCCUUAGUGGAACUUCUGUCUGCGGGGUUGGAAACGUUUAACAGAGCACGGUACAGACAGUUUGUGAAGCGAAUUGGUCAACUGAUCAAGAUGACACUUUGUCAUGUGAGUGACCACUGGGCCCAGUAUGUUAGCAGCAAUAAACAGUAUGGAUCAGUAGCGCAUCCCUACUCUGUGGAAAAAUUGCAACUGGAGUUUGAUGAGCUGUUUUUUAGAGCUGUUCUACAUGUUCUGAAGGCAAAAAGGUUGGGAGUCUGGUUGUUCAUGUCCGAGAUGCCUUAUGGAACCUUAUCCAGCAACAUGCUUUGGAGACUCUUCUAUGUCAUGCACUGUGCAGAGAGUGAGCACCUGGAAGAUCUCUGCUCUACUCUGCAACUUGCUGACUGCAAACAAAGACUCAAAGACCCAGAGCAUCUUGAAAAUUUUGAAAAGUAUCUCAAAUCGAUGAACUGCUCAGAAGAAAUUUGUCUGCUCACCACAUUUGCUCAGAUGGCACAAACCAAACGGGCUGAUGUUGAUGAUGAUUUUAUCAAAAUCAUUGUUCUGGAGAUAUAUGAGGUGUCUUAUGUCAGUCUAUCCACAAGAGAGACGUUUUCAAAAGUUGGUCGAGAACUCUUGGGAGCAAUUGCCACCAUCCAUACACAGAUUAUUUCUCUACUGCUGGAUCGAGUUAGAGAGACCAUUGAGAAAGUGGGGAUGGUUUCUUUAUAUCUGUUUAAAGAACUGCCGUUGUACCUAUGGAAGCCUUCUUCGUCUGAGAUGGCACUGAUUCAUGACUGGUUAUUAAAUUACAGUCUAACGACAGUGGAGAAUAAACUAGCCUGCAUUAUAUUGGAAGGGCUAAACUGGGGAUUCGGUGAGCAGGAGAAUACUCUUCAUCUGGAUCCAGCUGUCCAUUCUGAAGUUGCAUUGAUGGUCCUGGAAGCGUAUCAGAAAUACCUGUCCCAGAAACCAUAUACUGGCUUGCUUUCUGAAGGCAUAAAACAGGUCUCCUACUUAGCCAGCAUUGUUCGAUAUGGAGAAACGCCAGAGACUUCCUUUAAUCAGUGGGCAUGGGGUUUGAUUUUGAGGUUAAAACUGCACAGAAAUGACCGUGGCAUGCAGCAUGGCUGGCCUGCCGUCCCUGUAUCUGACAGUGUGCUUGACAUGACGGAGUCAAUCACACUUCACCCCCUCCUAAAAGCAGUUAAAGCAAGCAUCCCUAUCGGCUGUUAUCUGGCUCUGGCAAUGACCACGCUAGGUCACAGCAUUGAGAAGUUCUGUGCUGAAGGGAUCCCUCUCUUGGGUGUACUCGUCCAGUCCAGAUAUCUGAGAACAGUAGUCCAUGUGCUGGAUAAAAUUUUACCCUUAUUUUACUCAUGCCAGUAUUAUCUUCUGAAGAAUGAACAGUUUUUAUCUUAUAUCCAGCUGUUCCUUCAUCUGGAUAGUGGAGUCCCUCAAGGUGUGACGCAGCAGGUUACCCAUAAAGUAACACAGCACUUGACAGGAGUGAGCUUUGGAGAAAAUGUUAAGCUGCUCAGUAGUAUGAUACAGACUCACAUUUUUCUAAGUGACCAGCCACAUGGAGUGGGGCCAGCUGCAGUACUGGAGUUCUGGGUUCAGGUGCUCACCAGCCAGCAGCUGUGGCACAGGGACCGAGCAAUGCUUUUCUUGCUGGAUGACCUAUGUAAAGCUGCUUUUCAGUACAGUCAAGAGGACUGUGUACAAAAACUGCUUUACCAGCAACACAAGAAUGCUUUGGGCUAUCAUUGUGACAAAGGUCUACUGUCUUCGCUUGUUAGCUGGAUUGUGGCAGGCAAUGUGACACCCUCCUUUGUUGAGGGCAAUGCCAAUUCCUCUCAGGUCUGGUUUUCAUGGAUGGUGUUAAAUAUGGAGUCAAUAUUUGAAGAAGAUUCACAGCUUCGCAGAGUUGUGGAAGGGGAGUUGGUUAUUAAUGCUUUAACUCCUGAUCAAGCUUUGAAGAAAGCACAGACCCAGCUGAAGCUGCCCAUUGUUCCUUCGCUUCAGAGGCUCAUGAUUUACCGCUGGGCUCACCAGGCCCUUGCUACCCCUGCUGAUCACCCUCUCAUGCCACUAAUCUGGCAGAAAUUCUUCCUCCUUUACCUUCACCGACCAGGACCACAGUAUGGAUUACCUGUAGAUGGCUGUAUUGGAAGACGUUUUUUCCAGAGUGCAACUCAUGUUAACUUACUAAAUGAAAUGAAACAGCGCUUAAUAGAGGUAGCAGACUUCCACCAUGCUGCGAGUAAAGCACUAAGAGUGGAAAGUCCUGCAGAGGGCAGUGACAGAUCACCAGAGAAGGCAAGCUGCUCAUCAGAUUACCUGACUUCACCAGAACUACAUAAGGAACUUGUCAGGCUUUGUAAUGUUUUUGUUUUGUGGUUGGAAGAAGAGAGUUUCCAGAAAGGAGACACGUACAUUCCUUCUUUACCGAAGCAAUAUGAUGCACAUAGACUUGCUAAAGUCAUGCAGAAUCAACAGGAUUUGUGGAUGGAGUAUGUCAAUAUUGAACUCAUACACCAUGAGUUUCAGGAAGCUCUAAACCUUUGGCUGCAGGUUCAGCUUGAAUCGCAUACAACCUGUGUUUCUGCAGGGCAAACAGAUUUCACCAACCCUUUAUCAGCCAAAGAGAGGAUAAUGAAUAAUUUGAAGAAGUUUGAUACUCCCAAGCCCCCUCUUCCACUCCAGAUGAUGAAAGCUCCUGUGCCAGUUAUUUCCUCUGCCAGUCUAGUAAAUCAGAAAGAAGCAAUUCAGCUCAUGCGCAUGGACCUUAAUAUCUUGCAGCGACAUGCCAAAACUGCAGCUCUCUGGGAAUCUCAGCAUGUUGCUCUUAAUAGUGAAAUAUUGGACACAGUACCUAAGCUGUAUGUCAAUCGGGAAGAGCAGAUCACCCUCCAUUUGGAGUGCCGGGGAACUUCAAAUAAAGGCUGUCAAGGAGCAGCGCUUCUAACCAUCCAGUUUGAAGGGAAACAUAAAAAUGAAGCAGUGAGCCAGCAGCUUCAUGCUUUGCGUAAAGAAGUGAGACAACUGCAGGCAGAAGCUACGAAGCCACCUUCUCUGGGUGUUGUGGAAGCAGCAGUACAUGUGGAAAAUUUUAUAACGGCCUUAAUAAAUAUCUACGAGGUGCAGCCUAUGCCUGCAAUUAAGAAAGUUGGAAUUAGCUUGUUUUUUACGUUAGUGGAAUAUGUGUGUGAUGAAACUCAACGCAGUCCUCCCACAAGGCAGUUCUUCACAUCCUGCAUUGAGAUUCUAGGCCAAGUGUUCAUCAGUGGGACCAAGUCAGAAUGCAAACGUCUCCUCCAGACAAUCCUGCAGAAUCGAAGACUCUGUACUCUCCUUUCUCCUUACUUCACUCCUGUUGCUUCUCCCAGUGAAUUUGUGACUUUAUAUGAAAAAGUUGUGGCCUUUCUGAGUGAGGAUAACAGUGAUGUUGUCUUCAUGCUGCUGACAAAGUUUGACCUUACACAAUGGUUAAACGUUGCUAAGCCACCUCUAUCUGAACGUACCAAGCUUCUGGAGUCUAUUCACUUGGCUCUCAAUGCAUGUGGCCUUGAACCUGAAGAAGAUAUUUUGAUGCCAUUUAAUAUCUUCUGCAAGCAUUGGACUAACCUUCUCCAGUAUCAGUUCCCUGAUCACUAUAGUGAUUUCCUAAGAUUGUUCGUGCGAAGUUCAUCAGAGCACCUUCUAAGCCCUGACUGUUGGAAGGCAUCACUUAAAGCUUUGGGAUGUGGUUCACCAGUGACUGAACAGGGAAGCUUCAAGAAAAAUGAUUCUACCGAAAAUCCUGUAUUGCGAGAUGCUGCAAAAAUUCUCCUCUCUGCAGAACAGGUUAGAGAGACAGUAGAAUGGCUUUCCACAUCUUUCUGCAAACUCCGGCUGACUUCAGUGGACUUCAGGACUUUUGGCCUGUUUUCAAAAUGGAGUCCUUAUGUGGCUGAAGUGAAUAAAUUUCUGGAGUAUCUUAUUAAACGACUUAUUGACACCAAAGUUGCCAAUUUAGCCCAAGAACCCGUUGGCAGUAACAGAAUUCUAGCAGCAUUGCAGUCCUUGUAUUCAGUCAUUGCUGGACUCUUUAAACCAUGGAUACUGGUCUUGGAUAAAGAAGAUGCAAGUAACCAGCAUUGCUACCCUUGGUUAGAGAGCGACACUCCUGUAGCAUCUACUGUGGUCUGUUUGUUUACCGAUUGCAUCAAGCUUUUGCACGAGAGCUUUAAAGAUAAGCUGUUACCAAGCCACCAUGGAGCUCUCUGGUUACAUCUAAUGCAUUACUGUGAAUGUUGCACAGCCCCCAAAAUGCCAGAGUUUAUUCUCUAUACUUACCAUACUGAGUUCAGAAGGCUUCCAUGGAAGGAAAUGCAUCCAGACCAGAUGCUUAUGGAAGAGUUCUUUAAAAUUGAAAGAGGCAGCCCCAAGAGUUGUUUCUUAUUCUUGGGUUAUGUUUUGUGUGAAAUAAACUGGGUCAGUGUACUCUCUGAUGCCUGGAAUCCCAACCCUCGUCCUCAGACUCACAACAUGAUUGUCUGUUUGCUGUAUAUGAUGGUCCUGUUGGCAAAGGAGGAACAACUUAUAGGCAUAGAG